AGAGAUCUUCCCUCUCGGUUUCUCUCUCUCUCUAUUCAACAAAGCUUUGCUUAAAUCUUCAUGGUUUCACCUAAUCUUUAGAUCUUUGAAUAAAUAUAUAUACAGUCGCUAUCCUCAUUACGUGUAUUAGUUAGCAGCUAAGGGUGCUUGAGUAUUUUGCUCACGACUAAGUCCCUUUCUCAUCCUCUCCCUUUCACUCUCAUCUCUUCUUCAAUGCCUCUUCUCCAGCUGCGUUGAAUCCUUCAGACAGAUUUGUUCCAAAAACAAAGUGUUUUCUUCUCCUGUCUCUUCCUCUCUUCCUCUGUAAGGAGGAUGGCAUCCCAUAGCCAAUUCGGUAAAAGCCGCUCAAAUCUAUCAAACAUGUCCGAUGCCAACGAGCCUGGAAGACCAUCUGUCCCUUCCAAAGUCAAGUUCUCUCGAAGAACCAACUCUGGCCGCUACGUCAGCUACUCUAGAGACGACCUCGACAGCGAGCUUAGCGCUGCUGACUACGCAAACUACACAGUCCACAUCCCUCCGACCCCAGACAACCAGAUAAUGGACCCAUCCAUAUCCCAAAAGGUCGAGGAGCAGUACGUCUCCAACUCCAUGUUCACCGGAGGCUUCAACAGCGCCACGAAGGCUCACCUCAUGGACAAAGUGAUCGAGACAGAGACCACACAUCCCCAGAUGGCUGGCUCCAAAGGCUCCUCCUGCGCCAUCCCCGGCUGCGACGCCAAGGUUAUGAGCGAUGGGAGAGGACAAGACCUUCUCCCCUGUGAAUGCGACUUCAAAAUCUGUAGAGACUGUUUCGUUGACGCGGUCAAAACCAACUGUGGGAUCUGCCCCGGGUGUAAAGAACAGUACAAGAACACCGAGUUGACUGACCUGGUUGAUGAUUACGGUCAGCAGAGGCUCCCGGGUCCUGAGGGUAGUAGCGGGGCAAAGAUGGAGAGGAGGUUGUCGUUGAUGAAGUCGACUAGUAAAUCGGUUUUGAUGAGGAGCCAGACCGGAGAUUUCGAUCAGAACAGGUGGUUGUUUGAGACCAGUGGGACUUAUGGGUAUGGGAAUGCUUUUUGGACCAAGGAUGGGAACUUGGGGAGUAGUAAGGAUGGUGAUGGAGAUGGUGAAGGUGUGGAGAUGCAGGAUUUUAUGAACAAGCCUUGGAGACCGCUUACUAGGAAGCUGAAGAUUCCUGCUGCUAUUAUUAGUCCAUACAGGCUAUUGAUAUUUAUCCGUGUAGUUGUUCUUGCACUGUUCUUGACUUGGAGGAUCAAUCAUCAAAACGAAGACGCUAUAUGGUUAUGGGGAAUGUCUGUAGUUUGUGAGCUUUGGUUCGCCUUUUCUUGGCUUCUCGAUCAGCUGCCUAAGCUAUGUCCCAUUAACCGUGCAACGGAUCUUCAAGUCCUCAAGGAGAAGUUCGAAACCCCUACACCAAGCAACCCCACUGGAAAAUCCGACCUCCCUGGUCUCGACGUGUUUGUCUCCACUGCUGAUCCCGAGAAAGAGCCUCCUCUGGUCACUGCCAACACCAUUCUAUCCAUUCUUGCUGCGGAGUAUCCAGUUGAGAAGCUUUCUUGCUAUGUAUCCGACGAUGGAGGGGCACUUCUUACGUUUGAAGCCAUGGCUGAAGCUGCUAGCUUUGCAAACAUUUGGGUUCCCUUUUGCCGUAAGCAUGUGAUCGAGCCGAGGAAUCCAGAGUCCUACUUUAGCUUGAAAAGGGAUCCUUACAAGAACAAAGUCAAGUCUGACUUUGUCAAGGAUAGGAGAAGGGUUAAGCGUGAGUACGAUGAGUUUAAAGUUAGGAUUAACGGCUUGCCUGAUUCCAUAAGGAGACGUUCUGAUGCGUAUAACGCUAGAGAAGAGAUUAAAGCUAUGAAGAUGCAGAGACAGAACAGAGAUGAUGAGCUUUUAGAGCCUGUCAAGAUUCCUAAAGCUACUUGGAUGGCUGAUGGUACUCACUGGCCUGGUACUUGGUUGACUCCUGGUACUGACCACUCCAAAGGUGACCACGCCGGUAUCAUUCAGGUGAUGUUGAAGCCACCAAGUGAUGAUCCACUACACGGAGUAUCCGAAGGCUUUCUUGAUCUAACCGACGUUGACAUCCGACUUCCCCUCCUUGUCUACGUCUCUCGCGAGAAGCGUCCUGGUUACGACCACAACAAAAAGGCAGGAGCCAUGAACGCGCUAGUAAGAGCCUCAGCGAUCAUGUCAAACGGAGCAUUCAUACUCAACCUCGACUGCGACCAUUACAUAUACAACUCCGAGGCGAUGAGGGAAGGCAUGUGCUUCAUGAUGGACCGAGGAGGCGACCGUCUCUGCUACGUCCAGUUCCCGCAAAGGUUCGAAGGCAUCGACCCGUCUGAUCGUUACGCUAACCACAACACUGUCUUCUUCGACGUCAACAUGAGAGCUCUCGAUGGGCUUAUGGGCCCGGUUUACGUCGGAACCGGUUGUCUCUUCAGAAGAAUCGCUCUUUACGGGUUUGACCCGCCUCGUUCCAAGGAACAUACCUCCGGUUGUUGUAGCUGCUGCUUGCCUCGUCGUAAGAAGAGUCAUGUCUCCGAGGAGAACCGAGCGUUACGUAUGGAUGAUGAUGACGAGGAGGAGAUGAGUCUCUCUCUAGUCCCCAAGAAGUUUGGUAACUCAACGUUCCUUAUAGACUCAAUCCCCGUCGCUGAGUUCCAAGGCAGGCCUUUGGCGGACCACCCGUCAGUUAAAAACGGGCGCCCGCCCGGCGCGCUCACGAUCCCGCGCGAGCUUCUCGAUGCUUCAACAGUAGCGGAAGCUAUUGCUGUUAUCUCUUGUUGGUACGAGGAUAAGACCGAGUGGGGGACGCGUAUCGGUUGGAUCUACGGUUCGGUUACCGAAGACGUUGUGACCGGUUAUCGAAUGCAUAACCGGGGGUGGAAGUCGGUUUACUGCGUGACGAAGCGCGACGCGUUUCGAGGCACCGCUCCUAUUAACCUGACGGAUAGGCUUCACCAGGUUCUCCGUUGGGCUACCGGAUCCGUCGAGAUCUUCUUCUCCCGCAACAACGCGCUUCUCGCUAGCCCCAAGAUGAAGUUCCUCCAGAGGAUCGCUUACCUGAACGUCGGUAUCUACCCGUUCACGUCCAUCUUCUUGAUAGUCUACUGUUUCCUUCCCGCGCUUUCUCUCUUCUCGGGGCAGUUCAUCGUCCAGACGCUUAACGUCACGUUCCUUAUCUACCUUCUUAUCAUCUCCAUCACUCUCGUCUUGCUCGCGUUGCUGGAGAUCAAAUGGUCGGGGAUCUCGUUGGAAGAAUGGUGGAGGAACGAGCAGUUUUGGCUCAUCGGUGGAACGAGCGCGCAUAUCGCGGCCGUUCUUCAAGGUUUGAUUAAGGUCGUAGCUGGAUACGAGGUCGCGUUCACGCUAACGUCCAAGUCGGGGGGUGAUGACGUGGACGACGAGUUUGCGGAAUUGUACGUGGUGAGGUGGAGUUCGCUGAUGAUACCUCCGAUAACGAUCAUGAUGGUGAACUUGAUCGCGAUUGCGGUGGGGUUUAGCAGGACGAUUUACGCGGUGAUACCUCAGUGGAGUAAGCUGAUAGGAGGUGUGUUCUUUAGCUUUUGGGUGUUGGCGCAUCUUUAUCCUUUUGCUAAAGGGUUGAUGGGGAGAAGAGGGAGGACGCCGACGAUUGUUUAUGUUUGGUCUGGUCUUGUGGCGAUUACGAUAUCUCUUCUUUGGGUUUCUAUUUAUCCGCCGGCUGGGACUACUGGUAUUGGUGGAUCUUUCAGUUUUCCAUGAUAGGUUUGGUUCGUUGAGUAAACCACAAAACAUUGGUCUUUUUUAUGUUGUAUUAAAAUAACGUUCGUUUAUUAGAUUUUUUCGUUUCUUCUAUGUCUGGUAAGAAUGAUAUGAUGGGUCAUGUUAGAAUUAGAGAUCGGCUUAAUAUAGUUUGAACCAGUGAAGGAACUUAGUUUC